AUGAAAUUAGCUACCAAAGAGGAUAUUCAAAAUUACAACGAUGCGACGAUCAAUGGAGGAUUGAGAGGAGCGGCUUUGGGUGUCGGUCUAUCGACAUCAUUAUUCUAUAUAUUAAGAAGACAGUCAGCAUAUUAUAGGAAUUUGCCUACACCUCUAAAAGCAUUAGGAUAUGUUGUAAUCAUAAUGCCUUGUGUAUCAAUCUCGGGUGAAAAAGCAGGUGAAGCUUAUACAAGAUCACAAUAUGAUGGUAUAGCGAAAAGAGAACUAGAUAGAGAAGCUCAGAUCGAGCAUGAAAGAUGGCAAAACUUGUCUACCGUUCAAAAAGGAACGGAUUGGGCUGGUAGACAUAAAUAUGGUUUAGUAGGUGCAAGUUGGGUCGGAUCUUUAGGUCUAGCGUGGGGUUUGGUAUCUCGAAAUAAACUUCAAACUACUUCACAAAAAGUCGUUCAAGCUCGUAUGUGGGCGCAAGGCUUAACGGUUGGUCUACUCAUGGCUUCUGCUCUAUUAACAGGAUUUGAUUCUUCCGCCGUUGAAGAGCCUAGAACUCCGCAUGAAGAUCAUACUUGGAGAGCUAUCUUAGAAUCCGACCCCCAUUUGAACGAAGAAGAACGUGCUCGUCUUCAUGAAAUCAAAAAAGCAGUAGGGGACAGAAAAGAACAGCUAGUUAAGCAAACAGCUAAGAAAAUCGAGGAAAAAGCUUAA